AUUGGCCGGGCGCGCCGUCCGUCCGCGCCGCGCGCGCCGCCGGCGCCGCCAUGGUGCGGUUCAAGAACAGGUACGUGCUCUGCGAGGUGGUCUCGGAGGACCCGCGGUGCCGGCAGUGCAUCGAGGACCGUGCGCUGGGCCUCGCCGUCAGAGACGCCAUCGCGCGGGUGCACGGGGACUACGGCCUGGCGUGCUGCUCCAUCUCCUUCACAGUGAAGUACCUGAACGCCUACACCGGGACGGUGCUGCUGCGGUGCCGCAAGGACUCGUACCGGCUGCUGUGCUCCGCGCUGCCCUUCGUGCGCUACCUGGAGAGCCGCGCCCAGCGCUACCCCUGCUUCCUCAACACCCUGCACGUCGGAGGCACCAUAAGAACAUGUCAGAAAUUCCUGAUUCAGUAUAACAGAACACAGCUGCUGCGGUUGUUGCAAAACUGUAAAAAUGAAGAGGAAAGACAAUGUAUACAGAAGUCCUUGCUGAGCUGUUCCCUUACAGAAGAGCAGUCUCAAAGUGGAGAUGAGGAGGAGGAUGAUGGCACAGAGACAGACUGAAUGCCACUUGUUAUUGUUCACCUCUAUUCUGUACUUGUUUAAUCAGGAUGUGACUGGUUAUCUUCAGUGUUAAGUAGUGCAGGGGACUGGAAAAGCAUUUGUUCAUAUUCAGAAUUCAUUCCCCAUUCCAAAUGUUUUUAAACAAAUUUUAAAAAAAUAAAACAUUAUUUCACUCAA